UCAGGCGAGGCGUGAGUGGCCCCUAAGCCUGCGCUCAGUGUCGGACACGUCGUGGGAACGAGCGGGUCCCGAUGCACCAGUCCCGACCGCCGUGCGCGGAGAUGAAGGCGGACUCGGACGGACUCUGAUCCACAGUGCCUCUCAUUCAGGAGGUCGACUUCUAAUGCUGAUCGAUAUGGCAGAUCCGUCAUCCCAGGCAAAACCCGCCGCAAACAUGGCGUCACUGAACCGGGUUCGAGCUCUGGCGAUGAUUCUCUUGACUGUCACGGGCUGCUGCGGCACCCCGACGAGCGGAGCGGAGGGCUCCGAGGAGACCGUCAUAAUCGGGCUGCGGCUGGAGGACACGGACGACAUUUCCUUCAUGGACAAGGGCUUCCUCCGGGUGAGCGAGCGCUCCCGCGUGCGGCUGCGGGUGUACGGGCAGAACAUCAACAACGAGACCUGGUCCAAGAUCGCCUUCACGGAGCACGAGCGCAGCCGCGCGGUGCGCGCGUUUGACAGCUCCUCCGGGGAUGAGCAGAGCCUGGAGGACUGGUCCAGCUCACAUCCCUGCGGGAUCAGGACUUCGGACAUCAUCAUCCUCCCCAACAUCAUCCUGAACCGAAAAACCUCUGGAAUUGUGGAGAUCGAGGUCAAACCUCUGCGGAAGACAGAGAGGAGUAAAGCCUACUACCUUUGCAUCGCCACCUCCACAUCUGCCGCGGCAGGAACGCACGACCCGUGGACCGAGAACACCUGGAUCUACCACGACGGGGAGGACACCAAAGUGAUCGUGGUGGAGGAGAAGAAGUUCCUGCUGCCCUUCUGGCUCCAGGUCAUCUUCAUCUCCAUGCUGCUGUGCCUGUCUGGCAUGUUCAGCGGCUUGAACCUGGGGCUGAUGGCUUUGGACCCCAUGGAGCUCCAGAUCGUCCAGAACUGCGGCACGGAGAGGGAGAAGAACUACGCCAAGAAGAUCGAGCCGGUCCGGAGUCAGGGGAACUACCUGCUGUGCUCGCUGCUGCUGGGGAACGUGCUGGUGAACACCACGCUGACCAUCCUGCUGGACGACAUCGCCGGCUCCGGCCUCAUCGCGGUGGUCAUGUCCACCAUCGGGAUCGUCAUCUUCGGGGAGAUCGUCCCCCAGGCCAUCUGCUCCAGACACGGCCUGGCUGUGGGCGCCAACACCAUCUUCCUCACCAAGUUCUUCAUGCUGCUCACCUUCCCGGCCUCCUACCCGGUGAGCAAGCUGCUGGACUACCUUCUGGGACAGGAGAUUGGAACCGUGUACAACCGGGAGAAGCUCCUGGAGAUGCUGCGCGUCACGGACCCCUACAACGACCUGGUGAAGGAGGAGCUGAACAUCAUCCAGGGCGCGCUGGAGCUCAGGACUAAGACGGUGGAGGACGUGAUGACCCCGCUGAGAGACUGCUUCAUGAUCCCCGGGGACACCACCCUGGACUUCAACACCAUGUCCGAGAUCAUGAAGAGCGGCUACACGCGCAUCCCCGUGUUCGAGGGCGAGAAGUCCAACAUCGUGGACCUUCUCCUCGUCAAGGACCUGGCCUUUGUGGACCCGGAUGAUUGCACGCCGCUCAAAACCAUCACCAAGUUUUACAGCCAUCCUCUGCAUUUUGUCUUUAAUGACACCAAGCUGGACACCAUGCUGGAGGAGUUCAAGAAAGGAAAAUCCCACAUGGCCAUAGUUCAAAGGGUCAACAAUGAGGGUGAGGGAGACCCUUUCUACGAGGUUCUGGGAAUCGUCACCCUGGAGGACAUAAUCGAAGAAAUCAUCAAGUCGGAGAUCCUGGACGAGACUGACCUGUACACUGACAACAAAUCCAAGAAGAAAAUCACCCAUCGGGAGAGGAAGCAGGAUUUCUCGGCCUUCAAGCCCACUGACAAUGAAAUGAAGGUUAAAAUAUCACCUCAGCUUCUGCUGGCUGCUCUGCGUUUCCUAGCAACAGAGGUCGAGCCAUUCUACCCAGAGCAGAUGUCCCAGAAGAUACUGCUCCGCCUGCUGAAGCAUCCCAACGUCAUCCAGGACCUGAAAUACGACGACAACAACAAGCGGGCUCCAGAGCACUACCUCUUCCACAGGAACAAGCCUGUGGAUUACUUCAUCCUCGUCCUGCAGGGGAAGGUGGAGGUGGAGGCAGGAAAAGAGGGCAUGAAGUUUGAAGCCGGACCGUUCUCCUUCUACGGGAUGAUGUCUCUGACGGCUUCACCUGUGCCUUUGUCCCUGUCCCGCACGUUUGCGGUCAGUAGAGCAGAGUCAUUAGCGGGAUCUCCAGAGAACAAGUCUCCUCCUCGACCGUUCGGACUGAACCACUCGGACUCUCUGAACAGGAGCGACCGUAUCGACGCCAUCACGCCGACUCUGGGCAGUAGCAACAACCAGCUCAACUCCUUCCUUCACAUCUACAUCCCUGAUUAUUCUGUCCGAGCGAGCUCAGACCUGCAGUACAUAAAGGUCACACGUCAACAGUACCAGAACGCCGUCAUGGCGUCACGGAUGGACAAGACUCCACAGUCAACGGACAGCGAGUUCACAAAGAUUGAGCUGACUCUAACUGAGCUCCAUGAUGGCGUGGAGACUCCAGUUAUGGUAACUACCAUGUCCAGCACCACCCCCGCCAUCGCUGUGGCCAACGAAACUUCCCACCUGCUCAACCAGAACUGCGUGGGCCUGAGCAGAAGCAAUCACAGCGCCCACAACGAUGGACCCGUCUAGUCCCGCAGCUGAGCCCGGGGGAGAGCCGAGGCCUCCACCUCGACUCACGGACACGAGGACGGAGAUGAGGACGCACGGGGCGGAGUCAGGGUCGCACUCCGGCCGGUGCACCCCCCAAGAAGGGGUGGGUGCUCUGUCGCCCCCAAGACCCCCACCUGAACCAAGCCAGAACCCCUGCUGUGCUGCAGGUCCUCUGCAGGGAGGGACAGCCUGGCUCUCUGAUGGCGGUGAAGUGGACCAGAGGACGCCCGAGUGCGCAGACCGCGCACCCCAACGCUCGCGGUGCUUUUUCCUCAGGCCAAAGGAACUGGUCCCCCCCCUCCCAAACACCUCACGUGACUGGUCUGUCUGUCUGUCGAGGAGGCUCGGAACCAAACCAACCUGUAAAACCCGAAAUACACAGUCGACCGCGAACCGAGAAUGUUUUUCUGUAUUUAUUUAUUUUAUAAAAGUGUGUGUAUAUAUGUUUGCAUAAAGACAUAAACCAGAGCAUGCGAGAUGCCACAUCAGUGGAGACGAAGAUCAAGCUGUUCUUCUGAGGACAUUCAGUGUGUAUAUUACAGAAUUUAUUAUUUUUACUAUUAUCCAAAAUCAGGCUCAUUUUCACCUUUAAAGAAUCACACUAUUGCCUUUAAGAGAAAUCAGAUUAUUAAUUAUUUUUAACAAAGUGCAAUGAAUCAGAGCUUAUUUAAGAGAUGAUUAUAAAUAAAAUAAUUGACUGUAUUAUAAAUUGACAAAUAUAUUUGUAUGCCUGUACUGUAUAUAUAUUUGUUACGGAAACGGCGUCCACAUGCAGGCAGGGUGGUGUCUCCGCCUCUUUCUUUGCAUCCUUUGACCUCAUACCGGACUCCAUGCUGUAGUGUCGCUCGUGCAGAUGGGGGGGGGGGCUCGAAGUGCCUCAACAAGGUGUCUUGGCAUGUCUUUUUUGUUGUCAGUUUUAGGCAUAAUCAGAUGUUAUCAUUGCACAGUAUUAAUGACCUCAUCUAGCGUGUUGAGCGGCGUUCAAGAGCGACCUCAGCAGUGUCCACGAGGGAAGCUUCUCUUCCUCUGUUAGGAAGGCUUCUCCUCCCUUUUCUAAAGACAUCGUUCCUGCGUUUGUAGUGUCUAACCGAAGCUUAUCAAUUCUAAACUUGAUUCAGAUGAGAAUCUAAAAUGUUCUUCACACAUGCUGGCUGCUAUUAAAAAGAUAUUUAUAUUGUUCUGCUUUUAUCUAA